GAAACUGAAACACAGUCUGACUCGCAAAGCAAGCCUAACCAGGAGCUCUCUCCGGCUUAUUUCCUGUACUUGGAGGCCAUCUUGAGUUGAUGGAUUUAUAGCUAUAGGCAUUUGUCUUGCUUUUCUUAUUUGUUACAGUUUCUUUUUUUGUCCCCAGUUUGUUUCCUUGAAGUUUGGAAGUUUUCCUCUUCAAAGCUGCUUUGGAGUAGUGAGGGAACAGGAAGCAGGAGGAGGAGGAGGAGGAGAGGACGUUUCAUUUCAAAGCUAAACUUUAUCUGUAUUUCUCACCUGUUGCUCCUCUGGAAUGAAAGCCGUAUAGAGGACCUUUCUGUGAAAGGGAGGGCGAGAAGAAAGAAGAGCCACUUCCUGGAAAGGGAUCAGUUGUUUUUAAGCUCUAGUAGACACGGGGCACACAGCAGGGACGGCCACUAUUGAUGAGUGAGUGACUGCUCGUGUGUGUAGGUGAGUUUGCUGCCUCACACUACCCAGUCUUAUCUCUUGACUGUCUUUGACUCUUCAGCAUGGCCAACGUCAGUCCCUUUAUGUCUCCGGGACCCAUGUCCCAGGUCUUCUUCCCCCCGGGUGGCCCAUCUCCACCUGGGUCAGUGGUGAUGCAGCAGGGGACACUGGUCUCUGUCCAUACAUCUCAAACUCCAGGGUUCCCUACAGUGGACAUGGGAGUUGCCCCAGGUCCCGGCGGGGCAUCUGGAAUGCCGCCUGGGCCUCCGGCACCAGCCGGUGUCUCCUUCAUGAUACAGAUUGGACUUACUAGAGAGUCUGUGCUUCUACCCCAGAUUGCAGACCUGGCCUACGUCAAACAAAUUUCUUGCUCAAUUGUGGAUCAGAAGUUUCCUGAAUGUGGCUUUUAUGGGAUCUAUGACAAGAUCCUCCUCUUCAAGCAUGACACCAACAGCAGUAACAUCCUGCAGCUGGUCAAGGCUGUGUCGGACAUCCAGGAAGGGGACCUGGUGGAAGUUGUUUUGUCAGCUGCUGCUACAUCCGAGGACUUCCAGAUUCGGCCUCACGCGUUAAACGUGCACUCGUAUCGUGCGCCGGCGUUCUGCGAUCACUGCGGCGAGAUGCUUUUCGGCCUGGUGCGUCAAGGACUCAAAUGUGAUGGCUGUGGACUGAAUUACCACAAACGCUGUGCUUUUAGUAUUCCCAAUAACUGCAGCGGGGCGAGGAAGCGGCGUCUGUCCACCACGUCCCUCACCAGCAGUCAGUCUCUGCGUCUGUCCACUGCAGAGUCCCUCAGUAGUCUCAACAGCAGCGUGACGUCUGAAGAAGCCAGUCUCAUCCGAUCGCACACCCAGAUGCCCCGCACCCCCAGUGAGGCCAGGCGCUUUUACACCGGGCGGCCCGUCCACCUGGACAAGAUCCUCAUGACUAAAGUGAAGGUCCCGCACACAUUCGCCGUUCACUCGUACACGCGUCCCACGGUGUGUCAGUACUGCAAGAGACUGCUGAGAGGACUCUUCCGCCAGGGACUCCAGUGCAAAGACUGCAAGUUCAACUGCCACAAGCGAUGUGCAUACAAGGUCCCAAAUGACUGCUUAGGGGAGACUCUUGACAUAUUAAGUCCAAGCACAGACAUGGAGGUGCCGAUGGACUUUAGUAAUGAGUAUUCUGACACUGAUAAGUCAUCUCUGAUGGACGACUCAGACGAGGCCUGCAGUAUCCCUGGGUCUUUCUCCCCAGACAACAACCAGGAUGGAGCCAGUGGAGACCAGAGUGCUAAUAUUCCUCUGAUGAGAGUAGUGCAGUCGAUCAGGCAGACCACACGUCGCUCUAGCACAGCCAUCAAGGAAGGCUGGAUGGUUCACUACAGCAACAAGGACACACUGAGGAAGAAACACUACUGGCGCCUGGACUGCAAAUGCAUCAUCCUGUUUCAAAACGACACCACCAACAAAUACUACAAGGAGAUCCCGCUCUCAGAAAUCCUGCAGGUCCGUCCGGCGGGUGAUUUCUCUCUCGUCCCUCCUGGCACAAGCCCCCAUUGCUUUGAGAUCAUGACGGGUACCAUGAUCUACUUUGUUGGUGAGGACCCCAACACCACCCCGUCCCCAUCAUCCAGUGUGUCUGGUCUGCCCAUCUCAGCCAGCCCCAGUAGUGUUGCACCAAACAGCGGGGUGGGGCGAGAGUUCGCCAAAGGAUGGGAGACUGUUAUACGUCAAGCACUCAUGCCAGUCAUCUUCCAAGACAACCCUCCAGCAGAAGGUCACACUCCUCACCGGCAGGCAUCAGUCAGCAUCUCAGUGUCUAACAGUCAGAUUCAGGAGAAUGUGGACAUUGGAAUGGUGUACCAGAUCUUUGCUGAUGAGGUUCUGGGCUCUGGACAAUUUGGUGUGGUAUAUGGAGGAAAACACAGGAAAACUGGCCGGGAUGUAGCCGUGAAGGUGAUCGACAAGCUUCGGUUCCCCACCAAGCAGGAGAGCCAGCUGAGGAAUGAAGUAGCCAUAUUGCAGAGCCUGCGACAUUUGGGUAUAGUGAAUCUUGAGUGCAUGUUUGAGACGCCUGAGAAGGUGUUUGUGGUGAUGGAGAAACUUCAUGGUGACAUGCUCGAAAUGAUACUGUCAAGUGAGAAAGGACGACUUCCUGAGAGACUCACCAAGUUCCUCAUCACGCAGAUUUUGGCUGCUCUGAGGCACCUUCACUUCAAAAACAUAGUGCACUGUGACCUCAAGCCUGAGAACGUGCUAUUAGCAUCAGCGGAUCCUUUCCCACAGGUGAAACUUUGUGACUUUGGUUUUGCUCGCAUCAUCGGAGAGAAGUCUUUCCGCCGUUCGGUUGUUGGCACGCCAGCUUAUUUGGCCCCCGAGGUCCUGCUGAACCAGGGUUACAAUCGCUCUCUGGACAUGUGGUCUGUAGGUGUGAUCAUGUAUGUCAGUCUGAGUGGAACUUUCCCCUUCAACGAGGAUGAAGAUAUCAAUGAUCAGAUCCACAAUGCCGCCUUCAUGUACCCACCCAACCCAUGGAAACAGAUCUCUCCUGAAGCUAUCGAUCUCAUCAAUAACCUGCUCCAAGUGAAGAUGAGAAAACGCUACAGUGUGGACAAGAGUCUCAGCCAUACCUAUCUACAGGACUACCAGGCUUGGUUGGACCUCCGAGAGCUGGAGUCAAAGCUUGGGGAGCGUUACAUAACCCACGAGAGCGAUGACAGCCGCUGGCAGCAGUACGCCCGUGACCACACGCUGCCCUACCCUCCUCACCUGGUGCCCCCGCCACCUGCGUCCGACGACGACGAGCAGGAGGGUGCGGAGGACGCCGACAUGCAGGGGCUGACAGAGCGUGUUAGCAUCCUUUGAAGAAGAAACCGAGGAGGAGGGUGAGAGGAAUGAAGAGUACCUGCCCGAACUAUAGCAAUUUUCAGUGCACCACAAGCGUAGGAUGGAGGUAGUCACCUUUCGGGUGUCUUUGGCAGGCCAUCUGAACUCUGGAAUGCAGAUAUUAAGGCUGAGAAAGAGCUGUUUUGGAUCCCAUCCGAGAUCUUUACAGAGACACAAAGUCAGACUGUUCAUCAUAGGCAUGUGCAAAACAAUUUUUUUUUCGAAAUUGACAAGUCUGUUUUAACUAAGCGCUAAUUUAAUUUGGCUGGUUUUGGGUUCGCCUCACCUAACUAGAUGACUUUUUGAAGAUGCGGUCACAUUUAGCCAUAUUCUGCGUAUUUUCGCAGGCAAAAUCCAGUCUGUUCAAUGGAAAUCCACACAAUCAUGAAUUUUAUGUGAGGACAAAAGAUUUCCCAAUGCAGAUUUCGCAACUGGUUGAAAUUGGUCACACGCACAUUUGCCGCAUUUACCAACAGAAAGCUGAAAGUGACUUUUGUGUGAACAGUGCUUCUUGCAUGAACAAUAUACCUUUUUUGCCCACAAAAUUUCACCCAAAUUUUGCCAUUGUGAUCUAUACUGCUAAAGCGCAGCAUGCGUUUCAUAUGCAAAUCAAAGUACUGAACUAAUCGUUAAUCGAAAAAAGUUAGUCAAUCCCAGUAACUGACUAAUUGACCAUCAUGACCCGGGAUGGGUUUCGUUGAUCACAACAGAUUGACGUCAAGAUGAUAAUCCCCAGGUCUCAAGAAAUGUAUCAGUCAUUAUACAAUAUGCAGAGGAAAAGACAUAUCUAUUACGCUGGAUUAUUUUCUUUGUUGUGGUCUGUGGUGAUGUCACCUUUAGUUUCAUAUCCACUUUUUCAUAUUACUGAGAAUCUUUUUGAAAAAUAACCUGGAAGAAGUCCCACAUUCUGGUGUUUUCCAGUAUCGUCAUCGGUUUGCCCUGCAGGUGCAGGUGACUUAACCUCUGAGAAUGGAGCUUAUCUUAUGAGGACUGAUAAGCGGACUGCCCUUUCGGCCUUAUCACCUUGUGCACAAAGACUACCUAGACUGUUCUCAGAUCAGCUGCUGUUAGCACCCGCUAGUUCAGCUGAUCUUUGUACUAGCUGUACUGGAUGUGUAUUACUCCUAACUGACCCUAGACCUGAGCAUUAGGCUGCAUGUCACUGAGAAUUAGGUUUGCUUGAAACUUAUUGCUAUGAAGGACUAUUUUUUACACAUGUAACCUUAGAUAUUAUGAUGUAGUUUGUGGAAGUUAAUGUCGGAGCAUUUCCAGCAGGUAUAAUAAACAUGGUGAUGCAUAAAUCUGUU